AUGAAGUAUUCUGCAGUCUUCGUUGCAAUCACCGCUGCGCUGGCGCAGUCCGCUUCAGCGCACUACAUUUUCAGCAAGCUUGUUGUCAACGGCGAAACAUCGAGUGACUGGCAGUAUAUUCGUCAGACUACUCGGAGCAAGAACUAUAUGCCCACCAAGUUCAGCUCCACAUUCGACAAUCUGACUCCCACUGACAGCGAUUUCCGCUGCAACUUGGGCUCUUUUACCAACGCCGCAAAGACCGAGGUCGCAGAGGUCGCUGCUGGUGAUAGCAUUGCCAUGAAGCUCUUUUAUGACGGAACUAUCGCCCAUCCUGGACCAGGGCAAGUUUAUAUGUCCAAGGCACCCUCGGGUAAUGUCCAGCAGUACGAGGGCGACGGUGAAUGGUUCAAGAUCUGGGAAAAGACUCUUUGCAACAAAAGCGGCGAUCUCACCAAGGAUGCUUGGUGCACCUACGGCAUGUCACAAUUUGAGUUCGAGAUCCCUAGAAAUACCCCGGCAGGCGAGUACCUUGUCCGUGCUGAACACGUCGGCCUCCAUGGCGCUCAGAACAAUGAGGCCGAGAUAUUCUACAGCUGUGCCCAGAUCAAGGUCACCGGCUCCGGCAACGGCUCCCCCAGUUUGACUUAUAAGAUCCCCGGGAUUUACAAUGACUCCAUGAAGCUUUUCAAUGGUCUAAACCUUUGGACUGACUCUGCCGAUACAAUUGAAUCCGACAUUCUGAACACGCCUAUUGGUGAUGAUGUUUGGAAUGGCAGUGGCUCGUCUUAG